AUGCGAUAUUUGGGCCAAUUUCCAAGCGAGUCGGACUUGAAAGAGACGAUAAUACCCGAAUUGCUGGAGGAGGAUCCCUCGCGAGACGGCUUGGUGUCUUUUGAAGCCUUUGAGCGAUUGAUGCUGAGGUAUCUGAGCGAUCACACUUAUGAUCCUGAUGACUCAGAGACGUUACUAGCCGCCUUCAGGGUCUUGGACCCACAGGGGCACGGCUACAUCGAUUCUAACUUGAUGCACGAGUGGCUUUCCACUAAAGGUGGCAAGGCGGCAGACUUCUUCAAGGAGCGGGAAACAUCGGACUUCCUGGAGUACGCCAAAGACAAAGAAAGCUCUGACUCCAGCAGAAUUUACUACGAGGAUUAUGUUGCAAAGCUGAACGCAGACAUAGAGAAGCACCUGGAGAAUCUUUACCAGGUGGCCCGCGGAUCUGGCCGUCAAUGA